GAGGGAGAGAAAGAGAGAGAGGGAGAGAGCGAGAUAGAGAGAAAAUGAGGGGGAAGGGGAUGAGGAGGAGCUUGUCGCUAUAAGAUUCACUCACACAUCAUCAGCACCACAAAGUCACAUGGAGUCCAUCCAUCCAUUGUUUGUUGCGUCUCUUCUGCUUUGUUUUUGCAUGCAAAAACACGCUCACCUUUGCGCUCUGCUCAACUGGAAGGUGCGCAUUGACUAACCCCUCACGGUUACACUCCAGCUCGCUCUCUGUCUUGGGCUCGAUUAUGGUCACAGCCCCUGCGGUGUCAAGGUGGAGCCGCCACGCGUUUCUCGGAUCGGUGCGCUCCUGCAGGGGCUGGGAUGCGCACCGGGCACCUCCCGCUUCCUGCCGAACUUCGGGUCUGAGCAGCGGGAGGAGGAGUGCAGCGGCGCCCCGGGGCGCCGAGUUAGAAGGACCCAGUCGACCCGGAGCAGGAUGCCGGUGAUGAGAGGGCUACUGGCCCCGCAGAACACCUUCCUGGACACGAUCGCAACACGAUUCGAUGGCACCCACAGCAACUUUGUGCUGGGCAACGCACAGGUUCAAUCGCUCUACCCCAUCGUGUACUGCUCAGAUGGCUUCUGCGAGCUCACGGGUUAUGCUCGCGCCGAGCUCAUGCAGAAAAGUUGCGCCUGCCAAUUCCUGUACGGCCCUGAGACCAGCGACCGUUUCACGACACAAAUCCAAGGAGCCCUUGACGACCGGCGUGAGUUCAAGACAGAAUUGGUCUUCUACAAGAAAGAAGGCACACACUUCUGGUGUCUUCUGGACAUUGUGCCCAUCAAGAACGAGAAGGGUGAGGUGGUCCUCUUCCUGGUGUCUCAUAAAGACAUCACUGACAAGAAGAAGGACCAGGAUUCAGAACAAGGGCCUGACACAGAUGAGGAGACGGGUCUGCAGGUGCAUCAGGUGACUCGGCCCCCCGGCUUUAACGCCAACCGCCGUCGCAGCCGAGCUGUCCUUUACCACCUUUCAGGGCACCUGCAGAAGCAAGACAAGAACAAACUCAAGCUCAACAAUAAUAUGUUUGGGGAGAAACCACCGAUCCCAGAGUACAAGGUCGCGGCCAUCCAGAAGUCACGCUUCAUCCUGCUCCACUAUGGCACCUUCAAGGCCGGGUGGGACUGGCUGAUCCUACUGGCUACCUUCUAUGUGGCCGUAACCGUGCCCUAUAAUGUUUGUUUCACUGUGGUGGGUGGACGAGAUGAAGGCAACGCCCCCAGAAGCCCCCCCAGCGUCAGUGACAUACUGGUGGAAAUCUUAUUCAUGCUAGACAUUGUGCUGAAUUUUCGAACCACCUUCGUGAGCACAUCAGGUCAGGUGGUGUACGACGCCCGCUCCAUCUGCGUUCACUACGUCACCACCUGGCUCUUUGUGGACCUCAUCGCUGCCCUCCCCUUUGACCUACUCUAUGCCUUCAACGUCAGUGUGUACUUUGGAGUGCACCUGUUGAAGACUGUGCGUCUGCUUCGCCUGCUGCGGCUGCUGCAGAAGUUGGAACGUUACUCGCAGUACAGCGCCGUAGUCCUCACUCUGCUUAUGUCCAUGUUUGCCUUGCUGGCCCACUGGAUGGCUUGCGUCUGGUACUUCAUCGGACGCAGGGAGAUCGAGAGUCCGGGAUCCUGGGACAUUGGUUGGCUGCAUGAGUUGGCCAAGCGUUUAGGGACACCUUAUUUCCUGUCGCCUCUGGCCGCACUGUUCCCGACUUCCUCGGGCGUAGUCUCGGCCAACAGCAGCCAGUGGAACGAAUCACGCUCCGAGUCGGCGGGUCAAGGUCCCUGGAACUCCAGCCAAUACGGAGGGAACACAUCGGUUGGCGAGAGCGCGUCGGCGGGAGGUUUUGGAGUUCUGGGCGGAGGCCCGUCCAUGCGUAGCAGCUACGUGACAUCGCUCUACUUCGCCCUAAGCAGCCUAACAAGCGUGGGCUUCGGGAACGUGUCGGCCAACACGGACUCGGAGAAGAUCUUCUCGAUCUGUACCAUGCUCAUUGGCGCACUGAUGCACGCUGUGGUGUUUGGCAACGUGACCGCCAUUAUCCAGAGGAUGUACUCACGCCGCUCACUCUACCACACGCGCACCAAAGACCUUAAGGAUUUCAUCAGGGUGCACCGGUUGCCCAAGGCUCUCGAGCAACGCAUGCUGGAGUGUUUCCAGACAACCUGGUCAGUCAACAAUGGCAUCGACGUCAGUGAGCUCCUGAAGGAUUUCCCAGAUGAACUACGAGCUGACAUCGCCAUGCACCUAAACAAGGAGCUGCUCCAGCUCCCGCUGUUUGAAUCAGCCAGCAGGGGGUGCCUGCGUUCGCUGUCGCUCAUCAUCAAGACAUCGUUCUGUGCCCCCGGGGAGUUCCUCAUCCGGCAAGGCGAUGCCUUGCAGGCCAUCUACUUUGUGUGUUCAGGUUCCAUGGAAGUCCUGAAAGACAACACUGUGCUCGCCAUACUGGGUAAGGGAGAUCUUAUUGGCUCCGACUCUCUGACGAAAGAGCAAGUGAUCAAGACCAACGCCAACGUCAAGGCGCUGACCUACUGCGACCUUCAAUACAUCAGCCUGAAGGGCCUCCGAGAGGUGUUGCGACUGUACCCAGAGUAUGCCCAGAAGUUCAUCAGUGAGAUCCAACAUGACCUCACCUACAACCUGCGUGAGGGCCAUGCCUCAGAUGCUGACUGGGAGAGUAACGGCGGCCUGGUGAAGAAGCUGCCCUCCAUCCGAGAGGACGAGGAAGGCGGUGACGAGGAGCAGAACUUGGUGUCCCGUGCGCCCCGCUCGCCUGUGCGCCUCAGCCGGGGCAUCAACUCACCACUACGUUCCCCUUUGCUGCCCCCUAGACCCUUCCGCGCCCCCGCCGAGCAGACCCGCCCCAUCACCCUGCAGAUACCAAUGGUCAGCUUUGCGAGUGCGCCUGGAGAGCUCAGCCCCAGGUUUGUGGACGGUAUCGAGACAGAAAACAGUUCCAUAUCAUCCCAGAAGUUUGAGUUCAGUCCUAGCAUGUCGCCUGCAGCGCCGCCCUCGCCUUAUUCAGGCAGUCGAGAGUCAUCCGAGAUCAAGCAGUGUGUACACAAGUUGACAGAGGAGAUGAACAGCCUCUCCAGACAAGUGUCCAAGCUCAGCCAGGAGCUUCAGGAAGUCACACAUCUACUCAAGCCCCUGCUCCAGAGAGCGCCGCAGCCCCUCUGUGUGGCCACCGAGCCAAAUUUGACCCCGCCUCCCAGCAGCAGCGCCAGCCGUCUGUCGGCGAGCGCCAGAUUGAUGGGGCCUGCUCCCAUCACGCCGUGCUCCCUCCUGAGACCGGACACUCAUUCCCUGUUGGACAGUGGGGACGUGGAGGGCGUGGACUUGCCACAAUGCCUUCUCCCUACUCCUCAUUCACCACAAAGGCCUAAUUCCUCGCCUCCCCCAUGCAACAAUCUCCCCUCACCCAAGGAAGGACUUUUUGAGGGGUCUCCAAUCUUGGCCUCCCCCAAUAUGUUUAUUUGCUCGCCACAGGAUCGCCCCCCACUGGCAUCCGGCACUCCGUCACCGUCGCUGUCUUUCUCCAUGUCCCUCUCCUCCACUUCUUCCCUCUCCUCCUGCCACCCGUCCCAACAGACCAGCUCCGUUGGUUGCCGAAGCCUGCUCCCCCCGCCUCCUUCCCAGGACACGCCUCCUCCGCCAUGGCCCCCACACUUCUCCGCACCGCCGUCUCUCGCAUCCUCACCCGGCGACCGUUGUUUGAGACCGUCCCCGUCCGUCCCGCCGGGGUCCCCUGUUGUCGCCGCUCUCCCUUCCCUCCUCUCCCUGCCUUUGUCUCUGGACUCACCGAGUAGAAAAUACGGAGAACUCCAGGUCGCUCGGGCUUCUAACUCACACCUUCGCCUAGAGACCGGGCCGGGGGACGGUGCCCCCCAGGAGAUGGAGAUGCAGGAAUGGCGGGCCGAGGCAACAGAAGGGAGGAUUUCCUCGGAGCACAUCAGCUUCAUCGAUGAAGAUGAGCCAGCAGUUUAUGAGCCAGGAUUGUGAGGGGCAAUGCGACAAAAGAAAAUGGGAACAAAGGAGACAAGAUCAGGGAAAUGCGACAUCAGCGUUCAAGUGAAGGAGCUACAACAGCACACAUUGUCCUAAGGGGUGUCCAAACGAAGGUCCGAGGGCUCAUUGCGGCCUGCAAAUACAAAAAUACAAGGUCACGGUCAUCGUAGUUUAGAUUGCUCUUGCCUUGGCUCUGAAUAUGGAGAUGGGAUUCUGCUGCCACUAAGUGCCAGGGCCGAUAUGGUCUCAUGGGAUACAAGGCAGGGAGCCACCCCAAAAUCCAAUUAACUUUUUGCUCUUUCACCAGGCUGUUUAAAAAAAAACAGAAUGUAAAUAUCUAAAAUAAACUAUUUAUAAAAAAAAUACUUAAACACAUAUUCUUGUACACCGAUGGAUUGGUUUUAGCAUGUUCAAUAAAUUCUUGGUGAAGAAUGUCAAAGUGGCCCUUGCAUCCUUGGACCUUUCUCGAUGUGGCCCUUGGCAGAAAAAGUUUGGACACCCCUGUCUUACAGUAUCUCAGCGGUUGGCCGUCAAUCCCUGCAGCUACUGUAGCAGAACCAUCUUGUGGAGGUUCACACGACUUUGAAUUCUCAUUUUGCUGAGCUCCAAAUGAAACCAGUACAUUAUUUGGGACUUUUGUUUCAUUUUAGACUCGGCAUGGACGUUUCCAAAACUGCUACCUUUGGUUUCUUCGGGCCACCAUCAUCAAUGGGAUGGUCGUUGCUCUUUCCCUGCACCCAACACUUAAAAAGUAAGUUGUGGGCCCCUCCGUGUCAACAGCGCUUUCCCAGUUAGUACCCCCAUCCAAGAUGAAAGUAUUCUUUAAUUUCAGUUUUUGUUUUAUAUUUUUGAUUUUGAAUGUGAGCCAUCACAAAAUGGCUCAACCUUCUUGGUCAGAAAUGUCAUACACUGAAAAAAACAUUUUGUUGAAUUUACUCAAUUUUAUUUUGUCAAGUAGUUGCGCAAAAUAAAAUCUUCUGGAUCCAGAUCAUUUUUUUUAUAUAGAUGAACAAGCUACAUAAUAAGUAGAUGUAUAGGCUACUUAACAAACGUAGCAGUAACUGGACACAGAUGAUUUUGUUUUGUGCAAACACUUGACGAAUAAAAUUGAGUAAAUUCAACACACCAUAUUUUUGGGUGAAAUCGUGCAGUCUUUAUAAAAACGAAUAAAAACCACAACUUUUUAAAAUGAACUUUAAAGGAGAAACAAGAAUUGAGUUUGUUUUGAAAGUUUUAGGCAUUAUUAUUAUUAUUCUACAGCGCAGUCAAAAAUGUCAUACCUUCAAAUUAUAUUUAAUACAAUGUUGAUCACAGUUUUAAAAAGAAUUGUUCGACAUUUAGCACACUCAUGAAAAUCAUCUCCAAGUAUCCAAUCAACAAUAGCCAGGGUAGCUUGUGUCAAAAGGCAUUUUGCUGAGUGGCCCACGCAUUCUUUUCGACACACUGAUUUUCAGGGAUUGUUGUUUUCUAUUUAAGGAAGAACAUGAUUGAUUUUGAAUCCAAGAGGUGUAAAAUAUAUUGAUUUUUGAAAAUAUUUGAGGCGGUGGGCAUUUUACAAAAUGUUGCUGGUCCGUCAUUCGUCACCUGUCAGCGGCCUGGGUACCGUACGUCAUCGUCAGUCCGUCAUUCUUUCAAGCCAAACCAAAGUGAAAUGAUUAGUUGGUCAAUCCAUGUUAUUUUAACUCCGCUUCCGCCUAUAAAUUUACCCAGUCCGUCAGUCAGUCCGUGAUGCUCCCACCGCCAAAAUAUUGAUUAAAAUGGUCAGUCAGUGGAGUACACUAUCUGUCAGUGUAUUAAUCAUAUGGGGCUUGCCCAAGCACAAAUAACUCACAUACACUUAUUUGACAAUUUAUUCAACUGCUGCUGUUUCAACUCCUAAAACGCCAAAAGGUUUUUAUUUACACCUGACACCAGGUGAGGUUGCCCGACUUUCAUUACCAUCUUAUAUGUCAACAAUGGCUGGACGGAUUUUCAUGUAUAUUUGACCCCCGACAUAACCCCAGGCAGCUGCUAUAAAAGGUCAGGUUGCAAUUAUUUGAUUGCCUGUCUUCAAACAUUCAGGGAAUAUAGUUCUUUAUCGACUGUAACAGAGAAUCCUGUUCAUUUUUAAUCCAUCUGAGAGAGCCAAAAACAAGUAUUUAAUUGGCCCACAAUAGCCCAUGUAGCUUAUAAAUACCAUAGUAGGUGCGGUUGCAUGACCAUUAAGCCUUCAGGGAAUAUGACACAAUAUCGAUGGAAGAUGGGCCUUAUACAAAGAGAUCCACUGAGUACAUGAUGAUUUUCAUAGACAUACAAGCCACAAUUUUCAAACAAACAGCUUCAAACUUUCAAGCAUAUUUUGCAUCUCAUCACGAGAACCCAAUUCAUUUGAAAGGAUUGUUGACCCAAGAUAGCUCCUCAGGUAGCUAACGGAAGAACAGUGAUGAUUCAGAAUGAAAGUUGAGGCAACACAACGUUUCUGGGAUUGUCAUCAAAUGUCCCUAGAAUAAAAUAUUGCUUUUCAAUGAUCUUCGAUCAAAUGUUCACACACUUUCAGGGAAUUGGGGUCUUCUGCGCUCUAUGUCUAAGGAAGAACCCGAAUGCUUUUGAAUGAGAUCUGACACAUGCAAAAAGGCUGAGGUCAAAUGUUUCCAAAAAAAUAAUUGUCAUCGUUUUUAAGCCUAUCAAUUUUAAAGGGCUUCUGACCCAUGUGCCUGAAUCUAAUGUCGUGGGUCUGGUUGCCCAUCAUCAAACUAAAACAGACAGGGUUUGAACAGACAAAAAAAACGUUUUCCGCCCCGUUUGGUGACGUUUUUCAAAGGAAUUUCAUGGUGUGUGCCAAAGACAAACUUGUUAUUGAUAGGAAAUAGAAACAUGAUGGUGGUGGGACUCUAUCCAAUAGUAUUGUGACAGUUCAUCAAAACUGUUUACAACCUUCACAUCACUCCUGAGCUUUAGCCAUCCAACCAUCGGUGCCUUCUCCAUGUCAACACUCCUGAUAUCACGAGCAGGCAUUUGGAACAAAACAACAAAACUAAAAGCCAUCUGAUUAAACCUUACAUCUUGAUCCCAAAACAUAUUUUGUCAUAUGUGGAAAUGUGGAUGGACUAUUUUUGUUGAGGAUCUCUAAUGUAGCACACACACACACAUACACGCACGCACACACGCUCGUGUUAAACCCCUCUUUGCCAAAGCUGGUGUGAGACACCAGCCUGGCAUACUUCACUACCCAAGAUGCAUCCCUGGAAAUAGUGUGAGGAAGUGGGAAGUGGAAGUAGGACUCAGUACUACUGUAUUUUAAAAAAACUACUUGGUGAUGUUACACCAUGUUCUUGUAAAAUAUCAUUGUGUUUUACUUUUUCUUCUCCUACUCUUUUUUUUCCACAAAAACAUGACAAGAAGGAACUCACUUUGGGUUGGGAUUAUUAUUUUUUUCUUCUGAAAAUAACAUUGUGAAUCUGAUGCAUGUCACAACUUUUGUUGCAUGAGGAAUGUGCCUGCUUUGGAGCUGCACAAGGGCAGCUGGGUGGAGACAAAAAACCCUGUGGGAGGUCUAACAUGUAUUUUAUUAUAAAAACAAAACACGAAAGGGAAAAAGACCUUUGUCACACAAUACUCGAGCAGGGGUUCGAUAAAUAAAGAAAUAAAGAAGCAUUCUUUUGUAAUAAUAA